AUGAGCGAAGAAGAGGAAUUGCUGGAGGAGGACAAGUACGGUAGACUGGUGAGCGUGUAAAGUACCCUCGGAACUCGAUCCUCUUCCUCUCCUUCUUCAGAUUUGCCGAAAAUACGGUACGAUCCAUCCGACGCACGAAAAACUGUCAAAAAAGAUGAUCUGCGAGGCGUUCGACGACGAAUCGCCGCCCGUUUCGUACAAAUCCACGUCGACGGACUCUCCGAUCUCCCAACAAACGAGCCAAACGGAGACGGAGGUGUUCGUGGGAGGAGCCACCGAAAAGGAAGCGGAGCAGCUCAUCGGAUACCGCGGAUUCGUGAUCUACUACCGAAUGGCCAGUGAUGGCACCGUUCAGUUCUCGCUUCCACUCAUGCUCGCUUAUCGGUUUAUUCUUGUCUCUCAUCAGCUUUUUCCAGAAGAAUCCUUUUUCAGAUCCACGAAAAAUUUCUACUAUCACUUUACAAUCUCCAAAAGGAAGCAGCACGAUCCGAUUCGAAAGCUCACGCGCCAUCUGUUCAGAGUGGAAUACGAGGAUGCGAUGGACAAAUCGUGCGAGCCGCAUCUUCUGAAUCCCGAGUUCCUUUCGUUGCAAACAAUGAUAAAACACUACGAAACGUUCUCGUUCCAUGAUAUGGCCACUGGCGCUUUGGAGACGUUUCCGGUGUGGAGGAAGGACUGA